AAAAAUCCCGUGGCUGCCAUACUUCACAUGGAGAACCAAUUUACCUCCUUUCCCCUUAUUUUUGCAUUUCUCGUCUUCCUCGCUGUGGUCUUGAAGAUAUGGAAGAAAUGCAACAGCAAAAGCUCGACAUCAAAACCACCCCCCGUCCCAGGACCACCAAAAUUGCCAUUCAUAGGAAAUCUUUACCUCCUCACCAGCAAUCUGCCUUACCUCUGCUUAAGAAACUUGGCCAACAAAUAUGGCCCUGUGAUGCAUUUGCAGCUUGGUGAGAUAUCCACAUUUGUGGUUUCCUCUCUUGAAGCCGCUAAAGAAGUGAUGAAAACUCAUGAUCUCAUUCUUGCUAACAGACCCUCAAUCCAUGCUGCCAAGCUAGUAACUUAUAAUUUUUCAGAUUUGGUGCUUGCGCCAUAUGGAGAACAUUGGAGGCAGCUAAGAAAAAUUUGUACCGUGGAGCUGCUAAGUGCAAAACGCGUUCGAACAUUCAGAUCAAUUAGGGAAGAAGAGGUGUCCAAUUUAAUUAAGUCCAUCUCAUCCAAAGCAGGAUCUGUGGUUAACCUUAGAAAGAUGCUGCGUUCUCUAGCACUCAGCAUAACCGCAAGGGCAGCCUUUGGUGAGAAAUGCAAACAACAAGAAGAGUUCAAGCAAACUGUCCCAGAUAUUGUAUCCUUGUUUACAGGUUUGAGUCUCAUUGAUGUAUUCCCUUCCAUCAAAUUGUUAAAUCUGAUCCAUGCAAUGAGGCCUAGACACAAAAGGCUGCAUCAAAAAGUAGACGAGAUUCUUGAAAACAUCAUUAAGGAACACAGAGCUAACCUAGUAACUGGAGGGACUGGUGAAGCUGAAACUACUAAUCUUGUGGAUGUUCUUUUGAAUCUUCAAGACCAUGGAGCACUCGAAAUUCCCUUAACCACAGACAGUAUCAAAGGAUUUAUCAUGAAUGUAUUCACGGCAGGGAGCGAACCAUUUUCUCUAGUUGUGGAAUGGGCUUUGUCAGAAAUGAUGAAGAAUCCUAAAGUGAUGGAGAAGGCACAAGCUGAAGUAAGACAUGUGUUUUCCAGCAAAGGCUAUGUUGAUGAAGCAGGGCUCCCUGAAUUGAAUUACUUAAAUUUAGUCAUCAAAGAAAGUAUGAGAUUACACAUGCCUGCUCCUUUGCUGCUUCCAAGGGAAAGCAGAGAGCGUUGUGAGAUUAAAGGUUAUGAGAUUCCUGCCAAAUCCAGAGUCAUAGUUAACGUUUGGGCAAUUGCAAGGGAUCCCAAGUAUUGGACUGAAGCUGACAAGAGGUUAUGUCCUGGCAUCUCAUUUGGUACGGCCAUUAUUGAGCUUGCACUUGCAAACUUGCUCUACCAUUUUGAUUGGAAACUCCCUGAGGGAAAGAAGCCUGAAGAUCUAGACAUGACUGAGAUUUUCAAGGCAGCGCUGACAAGAAAAUAUGAUCUCCCUUGGUGGGAAGUCAAUAUAGCAUUGGUUGGAGGCUUGAGUCUCGUUGAUCUUUUCCCUUUGGUCAAGUUGCUCCAUGUGAACCACACAAUGAGGCCUAAAUCCAGAACACUGCACCAGAAAGUAGAUGAGGUUCUUGAAAACAUCAUCAUGGAACAUAGAGCUAAGAGAGGUCUAGGAUGGACUGAAUCAGAUGAUCUUGUGUAUGUCUUGUUGGAUCUUCAGGAUCAUGGAGAACUUGACAUUCCCUUGACAACAGACAACAUCAAAGAGGUGAGGCAUGUCUUUGCUGGAAAAGGUGGUGUUUACGAAGCAGGCCUCCGUAAAUUAAAAGUACCUUAACCUUGUUAUCAAAGAAACCUUGAGAUUACACCCACGUGCUCCUUUGCUGGCUCCAAGAGAAAGCAGAGAGAGAGAGAUGUAAGAUUAAUGGAUACGAGAUACCUGCCAAAUCCAGAGUCAUAAUCAAUGCACGGGCGAUUG